AUGGAACAACAACAAAAAAAGGGAGGAAAAACUCUUAUGUCGUUCUUCAAACGAAGAGUGAAUAUAUCAGAAAGUGAUGCUCCUUCUCAGAUCAAUGUUGAUACUUCAAUUAACGAUGAGCAACCUCCUCCUAAAAUUCAAAGAGUUGAAUUUGAUGAUACUUCUCUUGUACGGGAGCCGGGGUUACGUUUUCCGAUAUGGGAACAUUCCGUUAAUCAACAUGAUGAGAUUAGACGAGCUUAUAUUAAAGCAGGGCCAUAUCAACCUAAUUGUCUGGAGUUUCCACGAUCCAAGUUUGGAAUUCAAUAUCGUCGAUUUCAAUCCUCUUGGUUCAGCAAAUUUCCUUGGUUAGAGUAUUCCCCACAAAAAGAUGCAGCAUUUUGUUUUCCAUGCUUCAUUUUUGAAAAGAAGACAGCAAACCGUUCUACAUUAACUGGUGCGGGGUUUACAAAUUGGAAGGUUGUUUUCGAUGCCUUUUCGAUGCAUGUAGGAGGUCCUAAUUCACCACAUUCCAAUGCUGUGAAUUAUUGUGAUGAUUUAAUGAAUGUUGGUCGGCAUAUUGACAAAGUAAUGAAUGCACAAUCUUCAGAAGACAUUCAGAAAAAUAGGGUGCGGCUUAUGGCAACUAUUGAGAGUAUUCGAUGGCUUACUUUGCAAGGAUGUGCUCUUAGAGGCCAUGAUGAAUCUGUUGAUUCAAAAAACCGAGAUGAAGCAAAGGAUACAUCUAAUAGAGAGCAAAUGGUAAUUGUUUUGAGAUUUGUUGAUGUCCAAGGAUUUUUACGGGAGCGUUUUUUUCAUAUUGUGCAUGUUAAAGACACCACUGCAUUAACUCUGAAGAAAGAGAUAUCUGAUAUCCUCACUCGUUACAAUUUGGACAUUCAUAAUAUGUGA